GUCAACUGUCAAACAUUAGCGGAGGGAAUUUGUAACAAAUUUUAUUUUAUUUCAGUGUUGUAUUAAAAGUUUUGAAUGUGAAAGUAUUAGUUUAUCAACAAUAGUUAAAAUGGCUUUGUACUGCGCAAUAUCAAAUGAGGUCCCUGAGGUUCCAGUCGUAUCACCGUCAUCCGGAGCCGUAUUUGAAAAAAGAAUAAUAGAGAAAUAUAUAAUCGAAAAUGGAGUUGACCCUAUAAGUGGCAAAGACUUGAGAGUGGAAGAUCUUAUUGAGAUAAAGACUCCACCAAUAGUCAAGCCAAAACCUCCAAGUGCCACUUCUAUUCCUGCUACUUUGAAGAGUAUGCAAGAUGAGUGGGAUGCUCUCAUGCUGCACACAUUUACUCAGCGACAGCAGCUGCAGACAGCGAGACAGGAAUUAAGUCACGCCUUGUAUCAGCACGACGCUGCUUGUCGUGUGAUCGCUCGUUUGACAAAGGAGGUUACAGCUGCUCGUGAAGCUUUGGCCACACUCAAGCCACAGGCCGGCAUUACUGCUCCACAGCCAGCACAAGUGGCGGAGGCCGGCGCGGGGGCGGCGGCGGUGGGCAUGUCGGCGGAGGUGGUGUCGCGGCUGCAGGAGCGCGCGACGGCGCUGACGCAGGAGCGCAAGCGCCGCGGCCGCACCGUGCCCGAGGGGCUGCUCGGCGCCGACCAGAUCAAGUCCUUCAUCACGCUCGCCUCGCAUCCCGGUCUACACUCAGCCAGUGUGCCUGGUAUUUUAGCGCUGGACAUCAACCCGUCCGACCACAGCCGCUUGUUGACUGGUGGUAACGACAAGAACGCGACGGUGUUCAACAAGGACACAGAACAGGUGGUCGCUAUACUCAAGGGUCACACGAAGAAGGUGACCCGAGUUAUCUACCAUCCGGACGAAGAUACCGUCAUCACUGCGUCUCCCGACCACACCAUUCGCGUUUGGAAUGUGCCCACUUCGUCGACAAGCUGCCUGCUGCGCGUGCACAGCGGUGCGGUAACUGGGCUGUCGCUGCACCCGGCCGGCGACUAUGUGCUAUCCACCUCCGCUGACCAGCACUGGGCCUUUGCUGAUAUCCGCACCGGACAACUGCUCACUAAGGUCAGCGAUGCCUCCGGCGUGAGCCUCACGACCGCGCAGUUCCAUCCUGACGGUCUGAUCUUCGGCACGGGUACCGAGAACUCGCAAGUCAAAAUCUGGGACCUCAAGGAGCAGAGCAACGUCGCCAACUUCCCUGGUCACGUCGGUCCUGUAACGUCCAUAUCAUUCUCCGAGAAUGGUUACUAUUUGGCCACAGCUGCUGAAGACGCCUGCGUGAAGCUGUGGGAUCUGCGGAAACUGAAGAACUUCAAGACUAUUCAACUGGAGGAGGGCUACCAGAUCAAGGAGCUAUGCUUCGACCAGAGCGGGACGUACCUGGCGGUCGCCGGGUCAGAUGUGAGAGUGUUCCUGUGUAGACAGUGGCAGCAGCUGCUGCUGUUGAACGACCACACGGCGACGGCGACAGGUGUGCGGUUCGGCGCGCGGGCUAACUACCUCGCCUCCACCAGUAUGGACCGCACGCUCAAACUGUAUGGACUCGAGUAAGUGAAGUGAUAUAAGUUGAGUUGAUUUGCUAGAAAGUUUGAAUAGUAGUCAGGGAAUAUACAGAUUUUCUCCCGUCUCAGUGACCAUCAACUUAUAUGAUGAUAGCUUUUCCCCUUCAGGUAGUAUGAAUAUUAUGUUCCCUUUAUAAGGUCGCUGUCAAGCAUUUGUGUAUUAACC